UGACGGGAGUGUGUCAACAGACAUCUUUGGCCAUCUUCUUUCUCCGUCAAAUACUACUUAACGCUUGUUUUCGGUAGCAUUGAAAUUCCAAUUUUCCCCCUUCUUCUAUCUCUUUCUCUCUUCCCAUCUUCCCAUCUUCCCAUGAUGAGACUCGCGCGUACAGUAUACUUAGUGCUGUCACUUCUCUCAGCUGCUCUUGCGGAUAUCGAAUUCAUCGACCCAGCAGCCGGCACAGUCAUCAGAGCUGGGGAUGAGUUUACUGCUCACUGGAGGGAUUCCGGCACAUUACCCCGGCUUGCUUCACUCGUACAGUAUGACCUCUAUCUUUGUGCAGGCGGAGACACAGUGGGAUCCCAUGAGGACAUAGCUCUCCUCGCGAAAAACGCGCUUUUUGCCAAGGGCAACUCAGUUACGUUUAAGAUUGAUUCCGAGGUUAACGGCAAUGAUGCAAACGCAUACUUCCUUAGGAUUGCCGCUUCUGGUCCUGAUGCCUCUGUUGUCAACUACUCGGAUCGCUUCACCCUCACGAACAUGACCGGAUCAUUCUCCCCGACGGUUAUCAAUGGAAUUCCUUCCGCUAUGUACCCUACAGACUCCUUUCCCCCGGCCCAUAUGGAUGAAAGUCACGAAGAAUUACGGAAGAGGCAGGUGGCUGGACCCUUUACGAUUCCCUAUCAGUUGCAGACUGGACCUACAAGAUACGCACCCAUGGCUAAGAAGCCUGGAAGUACGAUUCCGGUGGGAACACCAACCCCCCAAUAUCCAACGAGCGCGUAUUCCGUUGCUACAACAUAUCUACCUCAGGCUACUGUUCAGAUGACACUGUCCGCCUCAGAAACAUACUCCGUUAUUAGCAUUGAGAAUACAGCAUCUCCAGCACCGCAUGCCGGAGACACAAAAAUGAAACGGUUUUUGGAAAGAUGGAAAGAUUGAGGCGUUUGACAAUUCUGAGCUGUAAGGUCUAGACGUGCAUGGCCUAUUGCCUGAUCGUUACAAGGCUUCCUCCCUACUUAGCAUGC